CUACAGUAUCCACCGCAAUGCGCCGCACAGGGCGGGAUUGGAGUACGCGCCGGACACUGUAGUUACAUAGCUGCUUUCUUUGCCUCGUGAUCUCCCUCAACCCCGGCGUCGCGCGGUGUGCUGCUGUUCGCAGUCGCGAUGGCGCACGCAGAAGCUGCAGCGCUGCAGAAUCUUGAGGCCGCCCGCAGAAUCGCGCUCAAAGAUCACACCUUGUACCCUCAAGUAGUGCCCGGAGUCAUCACGGCCAUUGCGCCUACAGCAUCCCUUGAGCUGCGGAGAUGGGGCGCAGAGUUCCUGGCAGAGACAUUCGCGUCGCAGGUGGUGACAACAGAUGAGAAGCAGCAACUAUCCCUGAUCGUGCUUGAUACGCUCAAGGGCUACCUCAGUCGCAAAGAGAUGACAGGCGAGGACGAGGAUACCAGUGUCGUGAAGAGUGCUGUGCAAUGCGCCGCGAGCAUAUAUCCGCAGGUAUUCAGACAUACGGUCGGCAAUUCGUCAGACAAUGAGACCUGGCCGAAGAUAGCUGCGAUCAAGAGCAGUAUAUUGCGGAGGAUGGACACUGCUCUGCCUGGAGUACGAAUAUGUUGUAUCAAAUUCGUGGCUGCGGUGGUGCAGACGCAGACGCCCGGGCUGAUAGCUGAUCCUCGACGACCAGAAAACAACGAGAUCAGUCUAGCAUUGGUGCCCAGAGAUCAUCCUAUCAUCCCACCUGCAAACUUGGAGGCAGAGGCCUCAGGACUAUUGGACAGGCUUCUCGGUGUGCUACAGGACAAUUCAAACGAUCCUCUCAUUGUCACUGCGACGCUCAAUGCCCUUUCUACAUUGGUGCACCGACGUGCAAGUAUAUCGGCAAAGAUCUUGACAGCAGUCCUCAGUUUCAACCCUCUCAAGCUCGUAGAUGCGGGCAUGAGUGGCAAGGAUAAAAUCUCUACAAGGAGUAUGACACGAACCACAAUGUCCUUCCUGCUGAAUUGCCUCAAGAGGAAUCCCAAUGGAGCAUUCGCCAUUCGUAUACAGCAGCACAUAGAACGCUUGAAGCACAACCUUAACUCAGCAUUCUCGGACACCUCAAAUCUCAAACGCCCAGCUCCGGACGAACCUAUCGAUGGUCUCAACGAUCUCAAACGCCAACGCGUUAACGCAGAUAUCACGAAUGGUACAUCGUUGCUACAACAGCAACCGAAUGGUCACCAACCGUUGCCAGCUGGGCCAGUGUCCCUAGCGCAGCUCUGGACAUUGACGAACAACCAAGCUGCGACAGCCUUUCACGUAGAGCGAUUGCCGCCGGCAAGUGUGGCCCAGCUGGUACGAGCGCUCAUGCCUGCUAUAUCUGAUCAGAAACUCACAGCGGCCAUAAAUGUGGUGCGGUCCCGAUGGCUGAGCUUGGACCAGCAUAAGCCCGAUUCAACUUUGCCAGACAGUAUGGCGAGCACGAAGGAUGUGGACGACGACGGCUACGACCCUGCCGCCGGUUACAGUGACCAAGUUGAGCAGUCGCCAAUUAGCAUCGAUCACGGACCCCCGAACGAGCUCGAAAGUGAUGUUGCGAUGGGGCUGUUCAAGUUGCCACCGUCACUUCCUUUAUCGGCUCAAGAACGGGCCGAGUAUGCUGCAGCCACUGUAGCACGAGUCUUUACCAUACUAAGGGACCUUGAUACGGAAGUGAAGGCCAAAGGCAAACCUAUGCAGACACAACACGGGUUCAAUCGUCUUGCAACAGCGACAGCCAUCGGGCAUGACCGAGAUGGGUGGAUCAUAUUGGCAACCAGGCUAGCCACUCGGACAAACUUCGAUCUCGGUGGUAGCGAAAACAAGCUGGAAUCGCCGAAUGGGGAUCGUAGCAUGGCCAAGAAGGUACCAACUUCAACCCUUGACAACGCGCUGCGAGAAGCGUUGCUCGGUUACGUGAUGGAAAGCUUCCGUGCCCGAAUCGAUGUGGCAAUCAAUUGGCUAAAUGAAGAGUGGUAUUCUGAAAGACUUCUCCAGCGGCGGAGGCAGGAGGAUGGUGAAGACGUUGAGGAGGACGACCUGCCCACCUACUGGCGAUGGACGUUGCGGCUGCUCGAUAACAUGAUGCCCCUAUUCGAUGUCAAAGAUGGGCGAAUAAUUAUCAGAUUACUAUCUGAGGUGCCGGCGGUUAACCGAGCCAUCUUCGAUCGGGUCAAGAAAAUUGCGGAAGAUCCAGAGCGGAUACAGAUCAGUACUAACACGCUUCUGUACCUCAUCAUGUUUCGUCCGCCCGUGCGACAAAUGGCGAUUGAUUGUGCGGAAGAGAUGUACAAGGAGAACAGCGGUGCCAGGUCGUCAGUGAAAAAAGUUCUGGCGAGGUGGAGACCGGGUGCGGUGGAACAAGACGCAGUUCCUACAGGAAGUGGGUGAGGCGUGAGACGGGCAUGUGCUGUGUACAUUUUGUAGGUCGGCUGAAGUAGACCUACCUCACCUUACCGAAGGUAAGGUAGGUAGUGAUACGAUAGGGUACUGGAAGGUACUGGGGAGCACAGCACACGGCAGCAUCAACGCAUCAGAUUGGACAUGGUGUACCUACACGCAAUUGUUCAAAUUCCAAGCGAAACAAUCAUGGAGUCGGGUAAUCCAGAUGAUCCUUGUGUCCUGUCGAAGUAACGUAGCCUCAUAUACGUUCUGCCAAGAUGAGAAGAUUGGG